UUUUUUUGUCACGUGAUAUGCUUUAUAUAAAGUCCCGGUAGGCUCUAUUGCGUUAGGAGGUAUCUAUUGCACGGGUCUUAGUGAGCGGUAACACACAGUGAUGACAGAUCAAGCUUUUCUAACUCUGGCUACCAAUGAUGGCUAUGCUAAAGGAGCACUGGUGCUGGGUUCCUCUUUGCAAAAGCACAAAACAUCAAGAAGGCUGGCAGUGCUUGUAACACCACAGGUCUCUAAUACUAUAAGGCAGGUCCUUGCAAAGAUCUACGAUGAAGUUUUGGUGGUUGAUGUAUUGGAUAGUGGAGAUUCUGCUCACUUGGCCCUCAUGCAGAGACCAGAACUGGGAGUCACUUUAACCAAGCUUCACUGUUGGACUCUGACACAGUAUUCCAAAUGUGUGUUCAUGGAUGCAGACACCAUGGUUUUAACAAAUGUUGAUGACCUCUUUGAGAAAGAAGAGUUAUCUGCUGCACCUGAUCCUGGAUGGCCUGACUGCUUCAACAGUGGUGUGUUUGUCUUCAGGCCUUCCAUCCAAACUUAUAACAACCUGCUACAACUUGCUUCUGAAAAAGGAAGCUUUGAUGGUGGGGACCAAGGAUUACUUAACAGCUUCUUCAGUGGCUGGGCGACUCGAGACAUCAGCAAGCAUCUACCGUUUGUUUAUAACCUCAGCAGCAUUUCAAUUUACUCAUAUCUGCCAGCUUUUAAAGCGUUUGGAGCAAAUGCUAAGGUGGUUCAUUUUCUGGGAAGAGUGAAACCUUGGAAUUACACCUAUGAUAUGCAGUCCAAAAGUGUGAAGACUGAUGUUCAGGAACCUGCUGCAAGUCACCCAGAAUUCCUUAACUUGUGGUGGAGUAUCUUCAUUGAAGUAAUGCCUCUGCUUAUUGAACAUGGAGUUGUUAAAGACACUGCUACAGGCAUUAAAGCGCUGUCAAGCUUGGUCUAUUCACUGGCUGGCUCUUGUGGCUUCUGUAGAAAGGAUGAAAUAGCAGAAUCCAUAUCGGUUAUGAACAUUACACCCCCACCACCCCCAUCAUCUUCUGAAGAACGUAAAUGGAGAUGGGAACAAGGCAAAGCAGAUUACAUGGGAGAGGAUGCCUUUGACAAUAUUAAGAAGAAACUGGACUCUCAGUUGCAGUAGUGUGGAAUGACUUGUCCUGAGUGGGUCAGCACUAGACAGUACAGUGGUUGAACUUCAUCAGUGGCAUGAACUGAUGUGCUGGAUGAUUUAUCAAGCUGGAUAGUGGUCUUGACUAGUUCAUGGAUGGCAUCAACAAAAUUGCAAAUGGAGGUGCAUCUUUAGGAAUUGGUUGAAAUGCAUCAGUGCAGUUUAACUUAUUUUUUAAACUUUAUUUUUUAAGCAUCUGAUGCACUUAAGCUGCUGUAACGACAGUCGGAACAUGCCAGCCCUUAGUCACCCUUUAUACUGUUACCAUGAAAGCAAGGAGGAAUUUGCUGCUACUGCUCAAACUGUUACUGGAGACGUUUCUACAGAAGACUCAUUUUCAGAAACAUGUGCUAGACCAAGCAAUAAGUACACUCCUUAGUGUUGGCCAGUAAACUGGCUAGCAGUCUGAAUAUGUACUGUACCAUACUCCAGUGCCUAGUAGCAUUUGUAUUUAAUGGUAAUAUUCAGCUGUACUACCAUGGCACAUAAUAAAGUAGUUAACAAAU